AGCCAAUUUUAGUUUCAACUUUCAAAAAUGGCCGAGGACAAACAACCACCUGCCGUCGUCGAGGGCGCCACUGGCGGUGACGUCGAGGAAGAGGUCCAACCAACCGCCAAGUCCGCCGAGGACCGCAAGGCCGCCGCUGCUUUGUCCAGUCUUGACUCCAACCGCGAAGACGAGUCCUCCGCCCAGGUCGACCAGGAUGCCGUCAAGAACGCUUUCCACUCUCUCAGCACUGCCGGUAGCAAGCAGGCCGAGGUGAAGAAGGUCAAGGUCGAUGCGGCCGAUGUCUCCCUUCUUGUCGAGGAGCUCGAGCUCACCAAGGCCAAGGCUACCGAGUUGCUCAAGGCCCACGAUGGCGACGCCGUCAAGGCCAUCAAUGCCUAUGUUGCUGCGCCCGCGGCUUAAAUGGCGAUACACCCCAAUUAGAGAACAAACAACGGACCAUAUGAAGCCGAUUUACAGUCUGAGGACCCCAUAACCGCCAUCGAUCUAUCUGUAUACUUGAGCUAUACGCGACAUACUAUACCACAUGCUUCCAGCAAUGACGACAGCGAAA